GACGAUGUGUGACAGGACAGGCUAGUGGGCUACUUGCUGCCUGCGGGCGCCAUGUUGGUGAGGCCGGGUUUAGAUCAUGGUUGUUGUUUUUGUCCUUCUCAACAUCCCACAGCUUGUCUGAACUUCUGCUUCCUCCGCACACCUGGGCGACCUCACCAAUCACCACACCUGACCCUUGUUCGGUGUUGGUCUGUCCUGGCGUGUGGUGCCGGGGCCACUUUCUGUUGGCUCUCGUCUAAAAUUCAACUCUCGUCCGACUGCAAACCAUGUAGCCAGUCCUGUGGGAAUCCCAGUACCCAGCUCGGCGUCCAGGCUCCCAGCGGGAAAGGCUCUUCCUGCUCGUUACCCCCGGCCUCCAUCACAGAGGACGUCUUCGCCGAUAACACCAGUGAUGACCAGGACGCGUCUUCCAUAGUCAGUGACUACGACUGUCCCUUCGCGGAGGCGGGCAGCAGCCUAGAGGACCUGCAGGGCUUCAGUUCUUCCUUCAGAGACUCGGAGUACUUCAGAGAUCUGCAGGGAGAGUCGCUGGCUGUUGCGUCUACAGACACCGCUGCAUUUCCAGAGAACUGCACGCAGCAAACUGUCGACUCACAAGUGUCUGUAAACACAAACAGCCAGACCAAAAACCAACCUACGCACACGGCUCUGAGCACACACUUCCUACAGGUCAAUGCGCCGUCAUUUCCUUCCUAUGAACAGUCUGCAGAUGAGCCUCCCUCUGACUCUGAUGUUGCCCAGCUCAGUCCGAAUUGUGCCGUCGAUGGCGAUGACUCCGCUGCCUCUGCGCUCGGCCUUUGCUGGACGGUCGAUCUAAAUGGACUGCUAGGAUCCAUGGAUAGGGUGAACAUAAUUAAAGAACUAGACGCAGAAAAAGAGCCAGGCAAAAUGGAAUUGGAUGGAGAGCCAGACAUGGACAGCUUUCCGAUUUUCGUCAGGUCCAUGUCAACGUCUCGAAGGCACAGCUUGGGAGUCCCUCUGUCACCCAUCAACUCUGGGAGGAGACUGAGUCUGGACACCGCGGCUGUAGACAGCGAUGAAGACCGAGAGGAUGACGACGAGCAGCAGGACAGUCUUUUCCAGUCUUGCCAGCAGCAGUCUGACAGCCUCUCAGCGGGUCCCGGAGACGAGCCAGAUGGCUUCAGUCUGAGGGCCGCUGGUGGACCCGGCAGGCAGCUGUACUCUCGCUCGGAGAUCCUCGCCACCGACGAAUAUUCCCGAGCGGCUCACAUUUCCCGUGUCGUUCAGACGUCCAAACAGGCCGCCAGGGCAGCAGGAGUGGCGGAGGAGUUUGACCCAGAAGAACACCUGCACUCUACAGAGGGACAAAGCCAUAUGCUGAUGGUACAGAAAGUUCUCCAGGAGCUAAAGCUGUACUACGGAGCGAAGCACAGAAACAACAGCAAUCCAGAAACCAAAGAAUCAGGAAGUGUCACCUGGUACGAGUUCCUCUCCAAUGAGAACGACGGAGAGGGGGACCGGGCAGAGAAGAUUGAGAAAGGAACAAAGGUGAAAAGGACCCUCAGCUCCCUGAGGAGCAGGGUGACGGGUUCCUUCAACAAAGAUAAGGGUAAGAAUCGAGAGAAAGAGCUGCAGAGGGAGAGGGCAAAGGAGAGAGACAGGGAGGCCAAAGAGCGAGUGUGCAGGACCAGCAGCAGCAGCAACGGGCAUCGCUUAGUACCAGGCUCCUUCUCCAGCUCCGCCACCUGCUCGCUGUGCAGCAAGAGCCUGCAGAAAAAGCAUGGCCUGCAGUGCAUGAAUUGCGCUGUGAACGUUCACAAGAGCUGCAAGUCUCUGCUGGGCGAGUGCACCAGCAGCAAGAAUAAGAGAGAUCAUCACUCCAGGAACGGCGGCUCAGCGUCUGCUAACCUCGCGCUGAAAGACCGCGACAGGGAGAAGGACCAGGCGGGCACAGCCGCGGCGUCUCAGGCCGCCGAUGGACACCGAGGGUUUGCCAGCGUCCCAGGCAUGACCGUUAGCUCGUGUGGACCCAGCACUCCGCCGUCAGCCAGCCUCAGCAGCAGCAGCAGCAGCUCCACGUCGGCCCCCGCCUGCAGCGUUGGUCCCAGCGUCCAUCACCACUCUAGCUCUGGAUCCCUCCCCGGGGACAUGGAUGAAACGGACGCCCUGCGCUCUAAACGCUGCAACGACGACGCCAUUUCUCUCGCCCCUUCCAUCGCCGAGUCCAUCAUCGUAGAAGAUUCUCACUAUGCAGCGGUGCGGGCUGACCUGGAGUCCGAUGCUCAGGACCUGGAGGCCGACUCCUGGAGUCUCGCCGUAGAUCCGCAGUAUCUGAAGAAACAUUCGAAGGAUGUAGCCAAAAGGCAGGAUGUUAUUUAUGAGCUGAUGCAGACGGAGAUGCACCACGUGAGGACGCUGAAGAUAAUGCUGCGCGUCUACGUCCGAGAGAUGAAGGAGAACCUCCAGAUGGACUGCGGCCGACUGGACAGCCUCUUCCCCCGCCUGGAAAACCUCCUGGACCUCCACGCGCAUUUCCUGUCGUGCCUCAGAGAGCGGCGGCGGGAAAACCUCGUCCCGCCCAGCGAAAGGAACUACACCAUCAACAGAGUGGCGGACAUCCUAAUCGCUCAGUUCUCAGGUGAGAUAGGAGAGAGGAUGAAGGACUGCUACGGAGAUUUCUGCAGCCACCACAACGAAGCCGUCAGCUUCUACAAAGAGCUGCUGCAGAACAAUAGACGCUUCCAGAACCUCAUCAGAAAAAUCAGCAACCUGUCCAUAGUACGCAGGUUAGGAGUGACUGAGUGUAUUCUGCUGGUAACCCAGCGGAUAACAAAGUAUCCGGUGCUGGUGGAGCGCAUCAUUCACAACACCGAAGUGGGCACCGAGGAGCACGAAGAGCUGACCCGGGCUCUGAGUCUAAUUAAGAACACCAUCAAAGAGGUGGACACGCUGGUCAAUCUCCACGAGAAGGACUCCCGACUCCGAGAGAUCCACAACAAGAUGGAGCCGAAGGCGCAGGGGAAGAUCAAGGACGGCCGGGUGUUUCGCAGGGAGGACCUGGCUCAGGGCCGCAGGCAGCUGCUGCACGCCGGCACCGUCAGCUGGAAAGCCGCCUCCGGCAGACUCAAAGAUAUUCUGGCUGUUCUGCUGUCAGAUGUGCUGCUCUUACUUCAAGAGAAGGAUCAGAGAUUCGUCUUUGCUACAGUCGACAAUAAGCCAUCAGUGAUUUCUCUCCAAAAGCUGAUAGUCAGGGAGGUGGCCCACGAGGAGAAGGCCAUGUUCCUCAUCUGCGCCUCCUCAAACGAGCCCGAGAUGUACGAGAUCCACACCACUUCCAAAGAGGAGCGAAACACUUGGAUGUCAAACAUACGGCAAGCUGUUGAGAGUUGUCCUCACUCCGAGGAGAGGCUGUUCAGCGAGGAAGAGGAGGCUCGAGCUUGUAGGCUUAGAGAAUUUCAAGAGCGUCUGAGCCAGAAGGAUGCAGUGAUCACUCAGGCCCUCAUGGAGAAGCUGCAGCUGUUCACAGAGAUGGCGGAGUCUGUGGCGGGGCUGGAGGACACGGCUGCUCGUUCCAGACUGCUGCUCCGAGGAGACGCCUCGGACCUCCAGCAGGGGGAGACACUGCUCAGGGGCGCCAUCACCGAAGUGGAAAACCUGCAGAACUUGUUGCAGUCUGGAGUGAGGGAGGAGGCUCAGCCCGCUCGGGUGGAGGAGGGCAGCGGGUCUGGGGCUCUGCCCCGGAGAGCGGGCACUUUCGGAGGCUAUGACAGCAGCCCGGCCAUCCUCAGCAAGAUUGGCAGUGUGAAGAAGAGCUUCUCUGGCGAGUCUAGAAACAGAGACAGGAGCCAAAGAGCCAGCUCCGACCCUCAGCUCAAAGACCUCUGUGGAAGCCACACCCUGGAGCAGACGGUUGAUCAGAGCUGCUCCUCUCCUCCACGAUGGAACCGCAUCUGGUCCGACUCCUUCCCCGAGGCCGAGUUCUUUGACAGAGUGUUGAUGCUCUCCCAGAGGCUCUACAGCCUGCAGGCCGUCGUAUCGCAGCAGGACAGUCAGAUAGAGCUGCAGAGGGCCUCCCUGACGGAGCGGGUGUCCUUGCCUGGACGCCACCGAGGGAACGUGCUCCUGGAGCAGGAGAAGCAGCGCACCUUAGCCCUGCAGAGGGAGGAGCUGGCCUACCUGAACAAGCUCCAGUCUCAGCACAGGCAGGAGCAGCAGCGCUGGGAGAGGGAAAGGGAGAGGCACCGGCAGCAGGUGGAGACGACCGAGGCCCGGCUACGGCUAAGAGAGGAGGAGUGCAGGAAGCUUGAGGAGCAGCUGGCGAAGGAGAAGGAGGAACUGGACAGGCAGAGAGAGACUUAUCAGAAGGACUUGGAGCGACUGCGGGAGUCCACCAGAGCUGUGGAAAAGGAGAAGGAACGACUGGAGAGCCUGAAAAAGAUGAAAAGGAAAACAAUUGAGGUGGCGCCGAUGUCUGGUAGUCUGAACGGGGAGCUCCUCUCGUCCUCCACCUGCAUCUCCGACUUGCCGCACUCCCAGAAGGCCAUGGUGCGGGGCAGCCUCUCGGUGGCGCAGGCCGACUACGCCGAGCGGCCCGAAGUCACGGUCCGGCGGGAGGCCGGCUCGUCGACGCUGCCCCUGCCGCUGAAGACCGAGGUGCCGCUCCACCUCUUCAGCACCACCAACCAGCACAAGCUGGCCGGGGUGCAGCAGCAGAUCCCCACCAAACUGGCGGCCAUCAACAGCGGCAAGGGGAAAGGCGGCAAAAGCGGGAAGGCGUCGCAUCGCACCGACAGCUCUGCCUCGGUGGACAUGAAGCAGAUGCUCCCCCUGAAACUGUCUGCAAGAGAUGAAAAUGUCCUGAAGGCCAAACGCUCCAUCAGCCCCCACCAGCAGCCCCUUCAGUCCCACUCCCUGCAUCACCACACAGAUCAGCUCAGUCCUGCAGACCAGGCUGGAUCCGACGCCCACCCCGCCUCCUCCAUCAGCUCCUCCAGCCCCCCAAAUGUGCAGAAGCCCCUUCCUCCCCCCGCCGUGCACCUUCUCCACUCUCAGGGCGUCGACACGCUCCCGCUGCAGCCCCACCUGCAGCCGCGCAGCCUCAGCCCAAACGCACCGGCCGGCCUCCCAGCGGGACACGGCGCGCCCCCGCCGCCCUACGCCAUCCCUGCAGAAGACCCCAACAAGGAGGACGUCAUAUUUUUUUAAAGCUUCAGUCGCCCCCCCAGGAGCAACCGGAGGUUUUUCCCUUCAUUGCAUUUCCACCGCAGCUUUCCAACGUUUCGUUCUAUAACGUUUGUUUUAACUUUGCUAAUCGAAACUGCCUGCAAUGUUUUUUAUUUAAUUUUUAGUUUUUAUGUGCUUAAACGUAUUGGGAUGCAAACGUGUCUUUAAACGAAGGCGUCCAGCGUCGAUUUAUUAUUGUUUUUAAUUUAAUUUUAAGGGUCUGACUGAAGGGAGCACUGUGAAGGACCGUUUUUUAUUUUUUUUUUAUUCCCCAACUCGGAGCAGAUCAGUCAGUUCAGCGAAGGAUAGGCGGUAUUUUACGGCAGCGCACUCACCUGCUGGUCCUGGACCGUCAUGAAAUCAUUCGUCAGAAGUGAUCCAACUCUGCUUUGCACACUUGUAAAAGAGAAGAGACAAAAAAAAAACUCCUUUCCAAACGAAUGAAGGAACAUUUUAUGGGAAAACGUUGUAAUAAGUCGAUUGUACAGCUUUUUAAGAUUGUAAAGCUUAAUUGCAUUUUUUUUUUUUUUUUUUUUGGUACGUGUCUCAUUUGUGCUUCUUUAAAAAAUGUUGAAUUGUAGAUUCCCACCAGAGUGGUUGCUGGUUUUAAAAGCUGACUGUAAUAAUGUUUUUUUUUUUUUAGCUAAGCGAGGGCUUGUUUUGUUUUUGUUUAGUGUGAACGGAUGGACCGAGACGAGCUCAAAGAAUACCUUCCAUUUAAAAAAACUAAACAAAAAAAAAAAAAAACAGGAUAGCUGGGGAGUCAUUUCCCUUGUUUUAAUAAUAA